AUGGAUUCCAUGGAUGCUAACGUAGUCUUAUCAAGUCUUAUGGAACAGCCUUUGCCUGAAUUCCAGGAUAUGAUUUCUUCCUCCUCCUCUACCUCCUCCUCUUCUUCCUCUGUUUUUGUGGCUCAGGAGGAUGUUCUACCUUGUUGUUACUGUGAGAAGGCCAAAUGUUCUACCAGCCACAGCCUCUCCUCUGGAUCAUCAAGCAAAAGCUCCAGCCUGUCUUGUCUUCCUGUCUUUUCAGAAGGAACAACUUGGCAAUUCCCGAGCAAAAAUUUACCCGUUUCACCUCAAAACCAACCAUCUGCAUUCAGGAACCAAGGCACAUCCCUGUCUCCCUUUCAGUGGAAAGAGCCAAAGAAAUCAGAACUUUUUCAGAAUUUGGCAGCUCUUUCAUCCUUCCACCCUCAAAACUCUUUCAUUAACUCUAUUCUCAAUCCCCUAAAUCUCUGCAAACAAGAAGAGAAGACAAAAGAUAAGAGAAAAAGAAGGCGUCGUUUGGUCAAAGAUCAUGGGCUAAAUUGUGUUUCAAGUGAAAGACCACAGUUCCCAGAGUGGGCUCCAAUCCAGCUCUCUUCGUUGGUCAGAGGGGAGCUAGAAGGACAUGUGUCUUGGAAGGCUUAUACUUUACAGGAACAAAGAGUGCCUCUGACUGUGAAGGAAUCGUGGGCAACGACUGAUUGUUUAGUCCCAGAAUCAGAGAACUCUCAAGUCCAAUUGUCUAUACCGAUUGGUCAAAGCACUAAACAAAAUGCCAACAAUAAAUCGUCAGACUUUCCACCAUUUCAAUUCCAUGUGAACACUGAGGUGGACCCUGAAUUAAAUAGGGCAGAAACAAAAAAUAUACAGUCACAUAUCUCAAGUAAGCAGUUACAAUCUGGAGAUGACCCCCAAAUCCUUGGAUGCAAGCCCUUAAUUAUGUCAGUGGACAUUCCACCUCUAAGAAGUUUAGGAGAAGAGACCACCUUACUAAAGAAAGACCCAAAACAUGUGCUAGAGAUUAGUAUCAGGCAGAGGGUGGCUGGUUUUCCCGAAAAAAGGAUCCAACAGCAUAAGGCACAAGUGACUAAUGUGGAGCUGACUCCAAGACUACCUCAUCAAGACAGCAUAAAGGUAACUCCAUUGGAAUUGCUUCAGGUCAUGGACUCAAUGGGAAUGAUUCCCGAAACACAUUCAGAAGUGAUAGAAUCUGCGAGUUUGUUCCCAAAGCCAUCAAAUCAAGUGGAAAGUAUGGAAACAAUGAGUGUAACACCCAAACCACUAGAGCAAGUAACUGAAUCAGUGAAGUUAACCCCAUGUCUUCGACAUCAAGUUUCAGAAUCAAAGAUGACAGCCUCAAGACUGAAUCAAGCCACAGAUAAUGUGAGGGUAACUCCUGUAGCAUUGCUUCAAGUCAUGGAUUCUAUGGGGAUGAUGAGCAAAUCACAUCAACAUAUCGUAGAGCCAGUAGGAAUGACCCCAAGGUCACAACAUCAAGUCAUGGAGUCAGCGAAGAUGGACACAAUAUUGGAUUGUCAAGCUAUAAAACCAGGAAAGAUGAGCGCAAAGCCACAACAUACAGUUAUGAAAACUGUGGGUAUGAUCCCAGGGCCACAGCAUAAAUGCAUGCAUUCAGAGAGUAUGACCCCCGGGCCACAGAAUCAAGCCAUGGAACAAGCAAAGAUUACUUCAAGAAUACAUCAAAACACAGAAUCACUGGAAAUGAUGUCAACACCACAAGUCACGGAUCACACGAAAAUAACUCCAGUGGCACUAUUACAAGCCAUGGAUUUCAUGGGAAUAAUUCCACCAGAACAGCCACGUGUUAUAGAAUCUGAGGCUUUGACUUCAGGUUCACAAUUUCAAACUGAAAAUCUGACCCCUAAGCCACCAUCUCUACCAGAGAAUUUGACUACUUCUAGUUCUACCUCACUUGGAAUUAUAAAAUCUGUGAGUUUGCCUCCAAAGGCAUCACCUAAAAUCAAGGAGUCAGCAGGACUGUUUCUAACACGACAUCAGUCUAUACAUUCUCUAAAGGUAACCCCAGUAGUACUCAAGUUGCCCACAGGACCACAGUCACUAGUUGUAGAAUCUGAUGGUUUGACUCCACAGCCAAUAUCUCCUAUCAAGAAAUCUCCAGAACUGACUUCUGGGUUAUAUGCUCAAAUGCAGGACUCAGUAAGGAUGACUACACAAUUUCAAGGUUCAGAACCUGUAUCAUUAACCUCAGGACUGUCUCAUCAGGUCAUGGGUCCUUCAAAUCUGACCCCAUGGCAUCAAACAGUAGAAUAUUCAGUGAUGAGUCCAAGACAGAGCCAUAAAGUGACAGAAACUAUGGAGCUGGCCUCUGACACUUGUCUACAAAUGGAGAAAUCUGAAUUAGUACAGUCACCUCCUCAAAUAAUGCAAUAUUUAGGGAUAUUUCCAGGGUCACCAGGCCAAAGUACAGAAUCUAUUGAAAUAAGCCAAAAACUACCACAUCAAGUCAAAAAAUCUUCAGUAAUGGUGAAGCUUAACCAAGAGCCGUGUCUACAAGAAGUAAUGGAUUCCAUAAAGGUAUCCCAAGAGUUGCAAAAUGUAAAGCCCGAGAGCAUGAUCCUAGGGGCAGGAUUACAAAGUAUGAAAUCUGUAGAUAUGACCAGAGAUGAUGUCCCUCCAAUGGUAGACUAUGGACAGACAAUCCCAGCUAUGAAACCUAUAGACUCAGCCCCAGAAUGUCAAUGGCAGAGUGUAAAAUCUGCUGACUUAGUGCCAGCAUUACUGUCACAGAGUAGGAAAUCUACAGGUUUGAUCCCCAAUUCACAGUUCCAAGGUACAGAAUAUGUUCCUUUGGCACAACCCCUAGAGUUUCAAGAAACUAAAACUGGAUAUCAAGAAGCAAAAACAAAGUUGACCUCUGACAUUUGUCAUCAAGUGGAAAAACCUGUUGGGUUUACGUCAUCAUCUUUAGGAAAUGCCCCAGGACCAUUGAGCCAAACUUCAGCAUCUAUAGAGAUGAGCUCAAUGCCAUUUCAUGACACUCUUAAAUCUAGGAGCCAUGUUGUAGGAGAGGUGAAAGGGACCCUAGAAUUACAACACCAAAUGGAAUCUCUAUCUUUGCUAUGUGGAUCAGAAAAGAAAACUGUAAAAUCAGAAGUAUUGACCCCAAAUCCAAAGCCCAAUGGUGGGAAAGCCAUUCAUCUGAAUGUAGAGCCACAUUCAGAAGCCACUAAGUUGUCAAAGAUGCCACUAAAUUCCGAAUAUGAAGACACAGAAACAGUGAGGUUGACAUUGCCUCAAGAUGAUAAGAUCCAAAAGUCUAUCCCAGAACCAUAUUCAAAAAUAAAAUCUCUGGAUUUGACUCUAGGACCUGGGAUACAAGAAGAGAAGACAGAUUCAUCUCCAUUAGUGAUAGGUUCUACAAAAUUAUCUGCUGAACCAAAACUACACGUUAAAGGCUUGAUUCUCAGGCCACAGCUCCAGGGAGCAAAGUGUAGACAAAUGGAUCCAGAGUCACAGUUGCAAGACGGGCAAAGUGUGAAUUUAAUCCGUCCAUCAGCUACAGCAGUGGUAGAAUCUGAGAAGCCAAAACCUGACCUAAUGCUACAAGAUAUGGCACUAGAGGAAUUGUCUGAGGGGACACAGCUCCAAAAUGUGAAAUCUGUGGAUUUAAAUCUAGGUUCAGGACAGCCAAAUGUCAAAUCUUUCGGAUCAGUUGCGGGGCCACAGUUGCAAAGUGUAAGAUUUUCAAAGUUAUCUCAAGAGCCGCUUCUUCAAAGAAAAAAACUUGCACAUUUAAUCUCAGGACCACCACAUUUUGGAAUAAAAUCUGUUGAAAUGAUGCCAGGUUCCCCAGAGCAAGAAAUCAAAUUGCCAGAUUUUAUCCCAAGGCAAAAGCAUCAAACUGUCAAAUCCGUUCAGUUUAAUCCAGAACCCCAAUCUCAAAGAGUGAAAACUGCAGAACUAAACACUAGACCACACUUGCAAAAUGUCAGAUUUUCUGAUUUGAUCCCAGAUCCAAAGUAUCAAAGUUCCCAACAGAUACAGCUGGGAGAAGGAAUCCCACUUCAGGAUAUAAAGUCUGUAGAGUGUAUAUCAGAAUCAUUUUUGCAGUUAAGCCAAGGACCACAGAUUGAAGAUAUGAAGUCUGUUCUGUCUACUGAAGGAUUCCAAUUUCACAGUCUGGAGUCUAUGUUGUGCUCAGAACUACAAUCUGAAGAUUUGAAAUCUGAGGAAGUCAAUUUAAGGCUAUGGCAACAAGAUGUCAAUUUUCCUGGCUUGACUUUAGGGCCAAAGCUUCAAGGUGUCAAAUUUGGAGAUCAAAUCCCAGGAUCGAUGUUUUAUGAUAGGAAUUUUGCAGAGGAGACUGCAGAGUUAGGACUUCAUGACCCCAAAUUAUUAGCAAGAAUGUCUCCAGGGCUUCAAGAUACGAAACAGGUGGGGCUUACCACAGGACCAUGUCUACGAGAUGUCAAAUUUUUUGACUUAACACCAGGAAUUCAACCUCAAUGUGUGAAAUCUUCAGAGUUAAACUCAAGGCCACAGUUAAAAUGCAAAAAACAGUUGGAGUUGUCCUCACAGUCAGAGAGGCAAGAGGUUAAGCCAGGGUUGUUAGUACCAGAGCCACUGUUUCAAGAUGUAAAACAUGCAACAGUGAACCAUAUGCCAAGCUCUGAAGGUGAAAUUUCCUGUGAAUUAGUCUCAGAGACACAGAUUCUAAAUGGAGAAUCUAUAGCAUUAACUCCUGGGAGACAGUCACUAAGUGUAAACCAUUCUGCACUGACUACAAGACUGCAGUCACAAGGUAAAAAGUCUUCUGAAUUGGUCCAAGGACCACAGUUGGAAGACAUAAAAUCUAGGGAGCAGACACCAAUCUCAGAAUUGCAAAAUUUAAAAUAUAAAUCGAUCUCGGAGCUACAGCAAGAGGAAGAUCUGAAACAUACAGAGUUCAACUCAUUGUUACAUUUGGGAGUUCUGAAAUCCAUACCAGAGCUGAGAGAAGUCAAAUCUAUGGCGUUAACUCCAGGGCUACAAGUAGAAGCUAUGAACCCUAAAGAACUGACCCUGAGCUCAGAGUUCAAAGGUUUAAAGUCUGAGUUUCUGCCUUCAGGAUCAAAGCUGGAAGAUAUAAAAUCUAACAUCUUAAUUCCGAAGCCAUGUUUACAGGGCAUGAAAUCUACAGAUACAAACCCAAUUUCUCAACUGCUGGAGAGUGUAAAAUCUGUGGAGAGAAAAGAUUUCAAAUCUGUGGAAUUUACUCAUGAUCGCAAGCUUGAAGAUGUGAAUUCUGUGAAGUUGAUUCCAGGUUCAAGACUUGAAGAUUUGAAAACUGGGGAGUUGGUCUCAGAUCCACAGGUUCAAAGUGAGAAAGCUAUGAAGUUGCAACUUGGGCCAAACAGGCAAGAUCAGAAUUCUAUAGCCUUUGCACCAGAGUCAUUAAUUCAGCUUCCAAGUAUGACAUCUGACAAACUGAUUUCAGAACCACAAACCCAGGAUAUAAAACUUGAAGAGAUUAGCCAAUGUUUUAAGCAGCAAACUUUAAAAUCUGCAGAGAAGAUUCAAAACCAGCAGCUACAAAGCUUCAUAGUUGUGAAGUUUAACCCAAGGAUAAAGAAGCAGGUACUAAGGUCUGUGAAUAUAAUCAGGAGAAAUGGGUUUCAUGGAAUAAAGCCUGUAGAUUUAACACCAGAGCAACAGUUCCAGGGAAUGACACCUGUGGAUUUAGCUCUUGGGCCUGGAAAGGAUGGUCCAAUAUCUGCAAACCCACCAGAGUGGUUUGUGAAUGUAGACCAAUUGAAGAGAGGGUCUGAAUCUUUGAAGGUAAUUACAGAGCCUAAAUCCAAGGCUAUAAAAUCUGUAGACCUCAACUCCAAGGUACAGUGGUGUAAAGAUAUGCAAUCAUUUAAAAUGGCUCCGAAACCAGUUACUCAAGGUAUUACAGCUGAAGAGUUCAAAUGUGAACCACAGUGGCAAAAUACAAACCCAUUCAAGGUGAGCCCCGGGCCACAGCUACACCAGGUGAAACCCUGGGAAUGGACUUUGAAGCCACCAUUUCAAGGCAUAAAAACUGUGGGAAUAAGCAAAGAUCCACAACUUGGAAGUAUGACAUCUAUUCAGUGGAUUCCAGGUCCUGAAUUCCAAGGUGUAAAAUCUGCAGGGUUAAAUCUUGGGUCACAAUCUCAGGGUGUCAAACCUUCAGAAUUGAAGCCAUCCAUACACUUGGGAGAUGCAAAGUCCUGUCUGUUGACUCUAGGCUCAAAACCCCAAGGAGAAAAAUCUGUGUUUAGUCUUGGGCUACAGUUGCAGUGUGAGAAAGCCCCCAAAUUGCCUGUAGGAUUAGAGCUACAAAGAAGGAAAGUUUCUGCUUCAGCCUCAGAGCCACAGCUUGGAGGUAUGGAAACUGUGGAGUUAAACAAAAAGCCAUGGCUUGGAAGUAUGGGAUCUAUUCAGCAGAUGCCAAAACCCGAAUUCCAAGUUACAAAAUCUAUGCUAAAUCUUGGAUCACAAUUUCAAGAGUUGAAACCUUCAGUAAAGUUGAGAGAUAAAAAGACAGCAGAGUUGAUUCCAAUGCCAAAGCUUCAGGGCAUACAACCUUCAGCACUACUCCAGGAACAUCAGCCGCAAGGGUUCAUACCUAUUGAUUCGAAAUCUGGGGUACAGUGGCGGAGCAUAAAAUCAGGUGACUCAAUUUCUAGGUCAAAACUUAGUGAUUUAAAGCCAGUGACAUUCAAACCUGGUCUUCAUUUACAACAUAUGAAAUCUGAGUUGACCCCAGAAAUACAGCUACAAAAAGUAAAGCCCUCCGAGUCAUCCAUAGGAACCCAGUUUCAAGAUGGAGAGUCUCCAGCGUUUAUACAAGAUACUCAGCUUCCAGAAAUGAAGUCCAAGAUGUUAAGCCAAGGACUACAAUUACAAAGUGAUAAAAUUGUAGCGCUAAACUCCCUACUUCAUUUGAAAAGUAUAAAAUUGUCUGAGUUGGCUAGCCAGGAAAAGCUUCAAGGCAUGAAAUCUGAGGAACUCAACUCUGAGUCCCCAUGGCAAAGUAUGAAAUGUUCUCAGUUGCCACCUAAGACAAAUUCCCAACAUAUAAAAUUUACCUUAAGCCCUAGGUCACAGAUGAAGGAAGAGACAUUUUCUGAUUUGACAAUGGGGACCAAGAUUCAAGACAGCAAAUCUACAGGCUUCGAACCUGGGUCACAGUUGCAAGGAAUAAAAUCUUCCAAGUCAAUACUGAAGACACAACUUCAAGAUGUGAACUUGGUAGAAUUAGAAUCAGGCCCACAGUUACAAGAUGUGAAAUCUUCUACAAUGAUCCCAGGUAUAAAAGUUCAAGAUGUAAAAGGUAUUAAUUUCAGUUUUGAGUCAUCGGGUAUGAAAUCUGAAGCAAUUCCAUGGGAAAAGUUUCAAGAUGUGCAAUCUGUAGACGUCAAGUCAGAUCCAAAGCUACAAGGUGAGAAGCCUGAUUUAACCCUGGGAGAAGAGUUCUCAGGUGUGAAAACUGUAGGACUGAAUUUAGACCUACAAUUACAAGACAGAAGCCCUACUGAGCUGCUCAUGAGUAUAAAAUUUCAAGGUGCAAAACCAAUGGAGUUUAGUUCUGGACAAUGCUUUAAAAGUGUGAAAUCUUCUGAGAUGAUCACAGGAACAAAAUUUCAAGGUGUGAAUUCAGUGGACUUCAAUUCUGCCACACAGAUACAAGGUGAAAAAUCUUCUGAGUUGAUUCAAGGAAUAAAGUUUCAAAAUGGGAAAUCUGUAGAGGCCAAAGAUUGUCUAAAGUUACAAAAUGUGACCUCUGACUUAAUACCAGAUCAGGAAGCAAUGAAGUACAACUCAGGCAAUCAGUUGCAAGGUACAAAAGAUUCUAAGUUGAUCCUGGGGACAAAGUUUCAAGAUGUAAAACCUGUGCAGGUCAGUUCUGAGCCACACCUGGAAUGUGUAAAAUCUUCUCACAUGAUUCCAGGAACAAAGCUUCAAAAAGAUCAAUCUGUGGGGUUCAUGCCUCAGACACUGUGGCAAGAUGUGGAGUCUUUUCAAUUGACUUUAAGUAAGGUACAAUCCAGGAGACCAUUUCAGGUCAACUCAGCCCCUCAGCUACAAAAUAGGAACUUAUUUAUGGUGACACCAGAGAUACAACUUCAAGACAUGAAAUCCAUGGAAUUCAACCCUGAGGAAAAGUUGCAAGGUGUAAAAUCUAAGUCCAUAAGCCUUCAAAUGGUGAACAAUACAGGAGUCAACCAUGACUCCAAAUUGCAGGUUGCAAAACUCUCUCAUAGUAUGAGACCUUCUCAAUUCAAUGCUGGGAAUCAGCGUCAAGAUGAGAAAUCUCAUAAAUCAAGUCAAUGGCCACAGUUUCAAGGAGUAAACUUCAUGGUGUUUAAUCCGGAGUCACAUUUGCAGCAUAUAAAGUCUUCAGAAUUAUGCACAGGAACCAAGUUUCAAGAUGUGAAAUCUAUGAAAUUCAAUUCAGAACAGUUGCAAGAAGUGAAAAUUUCCCUGGGAACGGAGUUUCCAGGUACAAAAUCAUUAGAGCCCCAGCUGCAAGGGAUAAAACCUUUUGAGCUGUGCAUAGAGACCACGCUUCCAGAUGCACAACCUCUGGAAUUAAAGCAUGAGCCUGAAUUGCAAAGUGGAAAAUUCUCUGAACUUAAUCCAGGGCCAUGGGUUCAGCAUAAAAACUUGACAGCACAAUUACAAGGCAUAAACUCUUCUGAGCUGAAACCUGGGCCAGAGCUUGAAGAUAUGAAAUCUAAGAUGUUCUACUUUGGACCACAUUUGCAAAGUGCGAAUUCAUCUACAUGCAUUUCAGGGCCCAAACCACCAUAUAUUGAUUUGAAUGGAUAUAAUCCACAUUUUCAAGGUGUAAACUCUCCUGCAUGCCUUACAGGGACAAAACCUCAAUGUGUAAAUGCUAUUGGGUGCAACCCUGGGUUACCUUUGCAAAGUGCAAGUUCUUCUGCGUGCACUUCAGGGCCCAAAUCUCAGUGUGUCAAUUCUAUGGGGUGUGACCCUAAGCCACAUUUUCAAUAUGCAGAUUCUUCUACAUGCUUUCCAGGGCCAAAGUCUCCGUGUGUUGGGCCUACUGGCUGUAACACUGGUCCAUUAAAAUUUCCUAUAUCCAUUCCAGGGCAACAAUUUCAGUGUAUAAACUCUAUUGAAUGCAACCCUGAGCCACAUUUGCAAGGUGUGAAUUCUGCAUACAUUCCAGAGCCAAAACCUCAGUGUGUAAACUCUACUGGUUGCAACCCUGGGUCACAUUUGCAAGGUGCAUAUUCUUCUGUAUGCAUUCCAGGGUCACAGCUUCAGUGUGUAACCUCUAUUCAGUGCAACCCUGGACUACAUUUGCAAGAUGUUAAACUAUCUGAAUCACCUGAAAUCUCAAAAUUUCAAUGUAUAAAACCUGAGUUCAAUCUAGAGACCGAAAUCGAAAGUGAGACAUGUGUGAGAGUCAAUUUUGGAUCACAUUUGCAAAAUGUGAAUUCUGAAUUGACUCCAGGAUCAAAGUUUCUAGGUGUAGCACCCACGGAAUGCAACCCAGGGUCACAAGCGCAGUGUAUGAAUUCUUCUAAAUUGAAUCCAAGGACUAAAUCACAUUUUAUAAAUUCCACAGAAUGCAAACUUGGGACAUACCUGCAAGGUACAAAAGCUUCUGAAGGUACUUCAGGGAAAAAACUUCAAGGUAUGAGAUUUUCUGAGUUUCACAUAAGGCCAGAAGUUCAAGAUACAGAAUCCAAUGUGUUCCACUCUGUGCAACAUUUACAAGACAUACAGUAUGAAUUGACUCCAAGGACAGAGUGUCAAGGUAUAAUAUCAACCAAGGUCAAUUUUGGUCCACAGUUUCAAGGUAUGAAUUCUUCUGAGUUGAAUUCAGAGUUAAAAUACCAGCGCAUAAAUUCUGAAAAGUGCAGUCCUGGGCCACAAGUGCAAAACAUGAAGCCUUCUCACUUGAACUAUGGUUCAGAAUCUCAAAGUACAAAAUAUGUUCUGUUCAAUUCUGGCCCAUACAUGCAAGCUGCAAAAUUUGAGUUAACACCUGGGACAAAGUAUCAAGGAGCCCAGUUUUUGGAGAACCAACUUGGGUCACAGAAGCAAGCUGAAAAAUGUAUGUUCACUCUGGGGCCUCAGUCAAGUGAUCAGAAAUCUGUGGUAUUUUUACCAGAGCCACUGCUUAAAGAUGAAACGUCUGUGGAUAUGAGCAAACAGCCACUAACUGCUAUGAAUUUGACGUCUGGCUCUGAGCAACAGGACUUGAAAUAUAAAAUGUUUCCACUAAAGCCAUGUUGUCAGAAAGUGACACCUAUAGCAUUAAAAACACAGACACAUCCACAAGUUAUUAAUUCUGAGAAGGUGUCCUCUCACCUCACACAACAAAAUGUGGUUUUUGUACCAGAGUCAUGUUUGCAGGAUGUGAAAACUUCGGAGUUGAAACCUGGGCCACCUCAAAGUAUGAGUUCUUUAAGGUUGACACCAUACUUCAGAUCACAUUGUGUCAAAUCUAUGGUCUUUGCACCAAAGUCAUGUUUUCAGGAUGUAAAACCUGAGGAGCUAAAGCUAGGGUCCCAACAGCAAGGCAUGAAUUGCCAGGAGUUCACUUCAGGAUGGCAAGAUGUGAAACCAGUGACAUUAGGACCAACGUCAACUAGGAUGUUCUUACAAGGACCCAAACUGACCAGUGUCAAAUUUUCAAAUAUGUCUCCAGAGUCACAGCCACAAGGUAUGAAACUUUUCACGUUUACUUCACAGCCAAAGUUGCAAGGUGUAAAACACGUGAAAUUGUCUUCAGUGUCUUUGCAACCAACUGUGAAGUCUAUGACGUUACCACCAAAGUUACUGCCUCAAAAAAUGAAAUCUGGGGCCAGAACUCCAAAAGCAAGUGAUCAAACCACAGAAUCCUCUGAAAUCCCUAGAUCAUGGCCUCUAUUUGUAGGACACACAGAGACAAUCCCAAAGCCCAGGUACCAAGUCCUUCAGUAUAGUAGUUUGAAUUCAAUACCAAUUUAUCAAGCCCCAGAUAUGACACAAACAUUGGCAGAUAAAGUUCCAGAAACACUGAAGAAAACUGCGGGGUUGACCCCAUUGACAACAUGUAAAGGCACAGAAUCUUCAGGAAUACCUCUGAAACUAGAUGUUCAAGUACCAGAAUUUAUUGUCAUGACAUCAAGGUUAGGACAUCAAGUUUCUGAACCUCUAUUGACUUGUGAGAAACCUAUGAAAUUAACCUCUAAGUCACAGCAUCAUGUGGGAUCUUCAGGAGUAGCAUUAGGGUUAAGACAUCAAUGCCUGGAAUCUUUAAGUGUGACCUCUAAGCUGCAAACGGAGGAAUCUUUCAAGUUGCACUCAAAGCAAACAAAUCAAACUGUAGGACAUAGAGAAUCUGUAGAACUCAGCUCUAAGACAUGGCAGCAAGAAAAUGUAUCUGUUAGACUAAAACCACCACAGAAUCAAAGUAUGAAAAAUUCAGAAACAGCCCUAGCAGGACCACUGGGUCAAGUUAUAAAAUGUAUGAGAAUCAAUUCAAAGCCACUAGAUCAAGUCACAGCAAGGGCACAGCUUCAAGUAGGUUGCUCAGUAGAGGUCACCCCAGUAGCUCCUUCUGUGAAAGUGAUUCCUGGGCCACGACUUCAAGUUGUGAAGUCUGUGACACUACCAAGGCCAACCCUGCAGAAGGCAGAAUAUGUUAAGUUCAUUCCAAAACCACAAGAGGUGACACCUUCAGAGUUUGCUUCAGGUCUUAGGUUACAAAAUGUGAAAUCGAAGGAAUUCAUCACGGAGCCAACACACCAAAUUUUGGAAGCGAUGGCACUGACAGGAUGUCAAAUAAUAAAGACUGUGUUAAUCCCAGGACCACUGCCUCAGAUUGUAAAAUCAGAGGAAUUAGCACCAAGACCAAUUCCUCAGGUAGUAGAAACGACAAGAGCUGCCAUAGGAUCCGGGAAUGAAGUAAUGGAUUGUUUAAGUGGACUCCCAAAGCCACACCUUCAAAAACUGGGAAAACCUAUGGAAUUAACUCCAAGGCCAAAUACCCAAGUGAAAUCUGCAGAAAUAACCUCACAGCAAACAUCAUAUAAAGAACCUAUAGUAUUUAUUCAGGAGCAAAGGCUUCAGGUUGUAAAAUCCACAGGGACAAAAACAGAGCCUCCUAACAUAAUAGACGCCGAGGAUCUGAACCCAGGACAGGUAUGCCAGAAUAACUCAGAGGAGUUAACAUCAGAAGAGUUACAAGAAGGGAAUUCUUUCUCUAGGAUUCUACACAGCCCUUCAAUUUCACUCAUUUCAAGUUCUGUCCAAAUCUCUGAAUUAGGAAGCCUUCGGGACUUGGGGAUACCGGAAGUAUCCAGAGAUUUGGAUAUGAAAAACCUUGGGAUAGAUAUUACAACAAAGUCUUCAGCCCUUCCUUUGGCCCUUCAUAAUCAGCCCUUUGACAAAACAGCAAACACCAUGGAAACUCUUCAUCUUGAGAUCUGGAAAGAAGAUGUAACAUCUAAGAGAACUAAGAGUAAGCAUAUGAAUAAGUUAGAGCACUUGCUUCACAGCCAUUUUCAAUAUCCACCACAAAGCCGGAGAUCAUCUGCUGAGACCUUUCAAGAAGGAUCGGGGACUCAGAGAGGUUCUCUCCGUUCUUUCCUGGGCAGACAAAAGAAUGUCUGGGAGAGUCAUGCCUGUAGACAACGAUUACCUAGGAAAUAUCUCUCCGGUAUGUUAAUGCUCGGCAAUGUCUUGGGGACAACUAUGGAGAGGAAGCUUUGUUCUCAAACAUCUUUAGGAGAAAGAGCAACAACGAAUAUCUGUACAUCUAUUCAAAAUUUAUUUGGUGUUCCAGCUGAACUGAUGGAAUUUUCCAGGAGAUGGCUAGAAAAGGGUCCAAGAAUUACUUCACAGCCUUCGGUAGUCAAAAACUAUAUUCAGAGACAUACACUAUGCCAUCAUCCUGAGAAAAGAAUGGCUUUAAGGAUGUGGACACGUGGCUCCAUAUCUUCCAUAAUACGGCAAUACUCAGGGAGUAGACUUGGAAUAAAGAAAACAAAGUCAAAGCUCAGUGACAUAUCACAGGAGUUCACUCAGCACAUACCUCUCUCAUGUGCAAGGAGUCAGCUUCCUGUCCCAGUGAAGUCAGAAUCUUCAUUUGGGAUAUUUUAUCAUGGGGAAGAUCCUGCUCCCAUAGUUAAGGGUGAAAACUCACAGGCAAGGAUUUUUGAGUCCCAACUUUCCCUCAAGACAAGUUAUUUUUCCCAGACCAAGCUGGACAUCUCCGAACAGUUCAAUUUGCUACAAGAGCUACAGCUAAAAAUUGCAGCAAAACUCUUAAGGAGUCAAAUCCCUCCCAACGUGCCUCCACCUCUAGCUUCAGGUCUUGUCUUAAAGUACCCCAUUUGCCUACAGUGUGGACGGUGUUCAGGAUUUAAUUGCUGUCAUAAAUUUCAGGCUGCUUUGGGGCCUUAUUUGCUUAUCUAUCCUCAGCUCCACCUUGUGAGCACUCCUGAGGGCCGUGGUGAGAUUCGGUUGCAUCUCGGCUUUAGGUUGCGAACUGGGAAAAGACCGAAGUUGUCAAAAUAUCGUGGAAGAGACAGAUCUGUCAUACCAAGGAAGUCUAAAUUGCCAUCACAAAGGAAAGGUAAAAUCUACACUCCAGCUUCCAAAAGCCCCACUCCCACCAGAGAUCUCAGAUCUGGAUCUUCCCAGUCUCCUCCUCCUGUACAAGUCCAUGUCAGGCAAAGGCAACGGGGCAUGCCCAACUUAGCUGGAGAGUCAAGAGUGCGUAGGAAGAGUGAAUUCCCUCCAGUUCACACCCUACUUGAGACUGACUCUGAGAGUAACCGGAUUAAAAAAUGGAAUAGAGUAAGAACCACAAAGACCCCUGAAUCAAAACAUACAUUAAAGAGAGACACAAAGUUCUACACCAAGAGUCCCUCAAGAGAAUUACCAGCCCAUUCGAGGAGGAAGAUGGGAGCAGCUCAGACAAGUUCUGCUUCUUUAAAAAGACAACCUAGUUCAUCUUCCCAGCCUAAGUUCCUGCAACUGAUUUUUCAGGGUGUAAGGCAGGCAUUUCAAACAGCACAUAGAAUCAUAGCCUUGGUUGGACAGAAAUCUGAGGACAGGACAAGGCCAGAUAAUUUGCAUUCAGGCAAAAAGUACCAUGCAAAACAAAGAUCCAGGGAUUAUUACUUAGCAAGAGAUAGCAGAAGAACUAGGAGGCGGGGUGAUAAGCAAAGACCAACCACUCCAACCACUAAGCAGAAGGACAUAGUGCCUUCAGGAGUGACAGAUGAAUGCAGAUCAGCUCAACAGCUAGAAAGCGUCAACUCCUGCCAGACACUUAGAUCUCUCCAACAUCUUGAGCCCUCUAUCCUCCAAACAGAUACCACUUUCCAAACCACCUCGAACAUACAGCUUUUGGGCACAGUGCAAAAUGACAGCAGCAGGAGAGCAAAGAGAAACCGUGACCAAGACGAAGUCUCCAGCCAAGAGUCUAAGAACUUUCCCAGAGCAGCAGCCAGAUUUCAAGCCCAAGGGACAAUGGUAACCCAUUCCCUUUCCAAGAGAACCUUGAAAAGUUACCUUGUAGAGAAAGACACCCAGGAGAGAGCGCCAUGGGAUGCCUCUCAGAGGAACCAGCUCAGCCCCUCUGAGAGAACUCUUCGCCAUCUCUCUCAGAGGGGCCACGGCGUUCCCUCCGGCAGAAACCACCUCAGCCCCUCUGAGAGAACCCUCCGCAAUCUGUCUGAGAGAAGACAGCGAAGUUCCUCCGAGAGGAGACGCCAUAGGUCUUCUCAGCGGAGCCAGGCCAGCCCCUCUGAGAGAAGACAUCGAAGUUCCUCAGGGAAGAGGCAAUGGAGACGCUGGGAGCGAGGUCACUCCAGGUCUUCGAAGAGCCACUCCAAUCCCCCAGAGAGGAGACGUCACCGAGUCUCAGAAAGGAGCCACCUCAGUCCCUCUGAGAGGAGAUGGCCAAGUCCUUCCGACAAGAGCCAUGGCAGCCUCUCUGAGAGAGGAGGACACAGCUCCUCCGGGAGAUCCCAUCCCAGUCCCUGGGGGCCGAGGCCCUCGCCCAGAAGCCACCGCAGUCGGGCUGAGAGGAGGACUCCUAGUCCCUCCAGGAGAAGCCGCCACAGCCACUCUGAGAGCAGUCCACCCAGUCAACCAGAGAGGAGCCAACACCGCCAUGCGGAGAGGACCCAUUCCAGUCCCCCGAGAGAGAGACUCAAGCACGGUUCCCCUAAGGAGAGGUCCACACAUAGUUACCCAAACCUAUCUCCGAGGGACACACCGAAACAUCACAAAGCGUGGCAAAUCUGGAGGCCCGGAACUAGCAGGUGA